UAUUAUCUAUGACUUUUUUCUAUGGAUUUUCUUUUCGGGUCACGUCAAAUAACCUCAAUAGUGUGUGUACAUAUUACACAUUUAAAAUAAUCCUUAAAAAUAAAAUCCAUCAACCAAGAUGGCAAUAAGACCAGUAUAUAGGCCUAGAAUUGUAAAAAAACGUACAAAGAAGUUUAUUAGACAUCAGUCAGAUCGUUAUGCUAAACUAAAGAGAAACUGGAGAAAACCUAAGGGUAUUGACAACAGAGUUCGCAGGCGCUUCAAGGGACAAUACUUGAUGCCUAAUAUUGGUUACGGUUCAAACAAAAAAACGCGCCACAUGCUACCAACUGGCUUCCGGAAAGUCCUAGUUCAUAAUGUCAAAGAACUUGAAGUCCUGAUGAUGCAAAAUCGAAAAUUCUGUGCAGAAAUUGCUCAUGGAGUGUCAUCAAAAAAGCGAAAGACUAUUGUAGAAAGGGCACAACAGUUGUCAGUGCGUGUUACAAAUGGACAUGCAAGACUUCGUAGCCAGGAGAACGAAUAAGUUAUUUUGUAUUAUUGUAAUAAAUAAAAUAAUAAAUGAAAUAGCUGUAAA